GAACAAGCAAUAGAUUAAUAAGACCAAAGAUUGCCCUUUUAUGUACCCAAAAUGAAUUCAUGCCUCAUGUUUAACCACUAUAAGAGACAGUGGCUGAGAUGAAGCUGUUCUCGGCGGGUACACAAGCACUGAACGGCUGCUGACGGCCGAGCUCACAUCUCCAAAAAUGUUUAAACAAAUGAGGGAAAAAUAGGAUAUGAGUCACAUAUUUCAGAUCUAAACAACUACAUUCUUGCCUAAAAAAACUCUUAAAACUACAUUCUGUUACAAAAUAACAGGUCUAUACAAAGGUUUGCUUGUCCUCCAUGACACUCGCUGGUGAGAAUGCUGAAAGUGGAGUGAUUCAAACGGUGAAGCGGUUCCCAUGGUGAUACUGGUAGAAUAACUCAUGGCUGGAAAGACCUGUUAUAUAAAUAUAUAUCUUUAUUUUCCACAGCUUUAAAUCCAAUGCAUAUGUUUGUUAUGGAUAUGUACUAUGGUAAUUGAUUUUAAGCUUUUGAUUUUUAUAAAGUUUUGAUAAACAUGGUCGCCAUCCAGAUUGCCUCCUGCUGACUGUCUCCAACCUCCUGUGAACUGCAAAAGAGAUGUUCUUGGUACAGAUCACAGCAUGAGAGGGGCCACAUAGUACAUGUCAUGCAUUUAAAUGGUUAUUGUGAGCACUGGGCUUGCUGUAGUACCAUUGUGUGUAUAUGGGCCUGGAAAAGCUUGAUAAAAGUCGAUAAACAUUCAAGCCUCUGAGCAUCAUUGUUAACUUCUGAGCUGUUUUGGGGGUUGAUAUUCACAUUUGUGACGCAAAUGUUUGCGUGUAUUGCCUUACUGAAAAUCGCUUGUGGGUUUAACAUCAUCCAAGGUCUAAUAGAUGUCACAGCAGAGAUGAAGAAAUGCCUUAAUAUUGUUAUAAUAUUUAGGUUUAAUGAUAAAUAUUGAUGAAAUAUAUUUUCUUAUUGACGCAAUGAGAUCCAGGCAGACAAAUGUCAGAGAUCACAUUUGAAUAAGGAAUAACAAAUUUAUUAAGUUAUAAUAUAAAAUUAUAGAGACAUUAAUCAAGUAAAUAUUUUAUAUUAAAAUCCAGAGUAUCUAUUCAACGGAUGAAGAUUGUGAGAUCACAAUCAGUGUAUAGAGGAAGAAGGACCCAAAAAACAAGAUAUUUGCAGAAUGAAAGGAGAGGUAAUAGAAGCAGAUGGAGGAGCAGAAGCAGAAAAAGCCAAAUAAGAGCAACGAAUAUACAUGCAGGAAAAUUACAUCCUCUUAAACUUAUGUUUUGGUCUAAGAAAAGGUCAAACAAAUGUAUAAAUAAUGUCAUAGUUGGUGUAACGGCUAAGUUUGCGUGACUGGUGGUCAAAUGUCAAAGAUAGAUGAAAAUAGAUACCCUAUACAAUGUGUUGAUUUGACACUUUUGCAUUAUCUCAUUUGCAGAGAUGGAAACAGACAUAUUUUUAUAUAGGUACAUCACGUAAUGAACUCUGAACGAAAAUACACCCACUCAAUCUCACAGCACAGAAGAGACACCAAAGAGCUUACAUUUGGAAAUAAACAGACAUAUCAGAGUAGAAAAUAUAUAAAUGAUUUAAGAAAUCAAUAUCAUGUAAAAGAAUAAUAAUGUAUAAAGAAUAAUAAGAAAUUAAUCAAAUGAAUAAAUUGAAUACAUUUGAAUAUGAAAAGGGCUACACCACUCAUGAAAGGCUAUAAGUGAUCGGUCUAAAAACUAAUAAAUAUAUUUUAGUGAGAUAUUGAUUAAGUAUUAAAUGUGUUCUACAGUGAAAAACAAGUAAAGUAGUGUGAAGCAAAUUCAAUUUGACCACAGUUGAGAGAAGCACGUCACGCGAGAGGCUCCUCGCGCUCAUUUUAGAUGAUGACAGCAUGCUGAGAUCAUGCAGAUGACGUAAUGCCGCCAAACUGCAACAGUGCAAGUGAUUCGGUCGGUCAUACCGUAAGACGUUCAUUUUAUUCAGUUACAAAUUAUUAUAUGUUUAACUGUCUCUGUUGAAACAAUAACGAUGGUAUAUUAUUAAUAAGAAAUACCACAUUAUUAAUCGAUUGAAGUGUGAUAAAUUUCAACUUAAAAACUAUACUUUCUGUUCUAAUGUAGGACGCGUUUGCGAUUGAAAAUAAAGACAUUAACAUUAAGCACGAGCCUAUUCAUUUAUCCUAUUCCAGUUAAACUAACAUUCGGCGAAUAUGAAUUUCACUGGAACAAAAUAGAACAAAGAAGUAGGCUAUUCAGAUACUUCCUUAAGGAAGGUUUGUAGACAAAAUGUAGCAGACUUUCUUUUCCUUGCCAAAAAUGAAACAAUGAAGAUGUUUUUGGUGUGACGCAAUACGCUCCGUAAAUGUUGCCCCUCCCUCCGCCGGGAAACUCACAGCAGCAGCAGCAGCAGCGCUUGAGUUCAGGUCAGGAUGCCGAGCACUGGAAACAUUCAGAAAGUCACACGCCUCUCUUAGUCUGCAUAACCGACUACAGACAUUCCUCAUUACAGGAGGAAGAGCUUAACUCUGGAUCUGGAGCUUUGUCCUCAUUUUUAAGCGGAGUAACACACGUGAGACUUUGACAAGAGUUGGAAAUCUGAGGACAGUCAGAAGUGCGAUUACGUUACCUCAGACUCCAUCACUCCACCAAGAAGAGAAAUUAUGCUCACGAUCAAGUGAAAUGAUGUAUUUGUUUAUCAUGCUUAUGCUUCUUGUGAAUUUCAUUGCCGUUUCACAAGGUCUUGCUGCUCUGAGUCCUUCUGAUGGCAGGGAUGGUGUUUAUGAAGACCUGAAGUGGAAGUCUCUGCUAUGUUGUGAGCUGCCCUUUGCUCAGACAGUUGACAGUGGUCUUUCGGAACACCAAACCGUAGAACAAUGUCAGCUGCUAAAUGCUUCGAAAGUGGAAUCCUCUAGUAAAUCACUUGCCCUUUCUGGAAACUGUUUGGACAUCCUGUGCUGGCUUGAAGGUGAACGGACAAAUUUGAUUUGCAAUGCAAAGAGCCACAGAGCAGCAUCCACUGCUAGUCUGUUCACUGUUAGUCCUCAACAAAUAGUUCUACAGAUGGAUAUACUUUCAGACAAAAACCAUACUGCUCAGUGUGCCGGGGAAGAUACUGCCACGUGCUCUGUUUCUCUUCAUGGCAAUGAUGCAACUGUCUUGUUGACCAUCAAUAUAUCUGCGAAUGGGACUACCGCACUGUUACCGAAGAUGCAAAUCAGUUCAUAUCAUCUAAGAAGACCAGACCCACCUGUCAAUCUGCAUUACAACGUGACGACAAAAGGCGAAGUAAUUUUCAAAUGGAGUGGCACACAACCUGACAGUAAUGCCAUAAACUAUGAGAUCCGAUACUCUUCCAAUUCCUCGCUUCAGCAGUGGGAGGUGGUGAAGGUCAGAGGUCGUUCAUGGGUGCCUCUGAAUGAGCUCAGUUCUGGGAUCAGAUACACAGUCCAAGUGCGCUGCCAAAACAGCUUCAACUACUGGAGUGAAUGGAGCCAACCUUUCUAUUUCACAUUAGAUGUCAGUUACAUCCCCGCUGAAGUCUUCACGACACCCGGGUCAGAAGUAACGGUUUAUGCCGUCUUCCACAACCGCAGCUGGAGUGCGAGUAAAGCUGUGUGGAUGCUGAACGGGCAGGUGAAGAUUCCGGAAAGCCAGUACAGUGUAAUCAACGAUCAGGUUAGCGCCGUCACUAUGAAAGUAGACGAACCAGGGUUUGAUACUCUGAUGUGCUGCCACCUGUGGGGAGAGAGGUUCAAAUGCAUCAUCGCCUAUGCCAAAAUAUACACAGAAGGGAUGUUCAAUGCAGAUAUUACCUGCCAGAGCAAGAAUUCAGAGGUGGACACCAUGACCUGUGAGUGGAAUAAAAGUGCUUGGGCACAGGUCAGACUCCUUUACAGACAGUAUACAUCAAUGUGUGAGACCAUAUCAGAGACGGAGAGCACUGAAGAAGCUGAAGAAAACAUGUCUUUGGUGAAGGAGUGCCCAUCUGGAGCAGGAGACCACAGAGAAUGCACUUUAAGCAACCUUAGCCUGUUCUCUUGCUACAAAAUCUGGUUGGAAGUGGAAGGAGGGCGUGGCAAAGUGAGAUCGUUUCCUGUCUAUGUUGCACCAAUCGAUUAUGUGAAACCAUCUCCUCCCUCAGUCUUUGAAGCGAUCACUUUGCCAAACAAAACCUUGAGCGUAAAGUGGUGGCGUUCCCAGUUACCCGUAUACGACAUGCAGUACGAGCUGCGCUUUGUGGCUUUGCGUGGGAUGGCAAAUACGCAAUGGAAGGUCAUCGGUUCUCUUCUGGAACCACAGGCAGAGAUUCCGCUUGAAGAUUCCUGUGUUCAGUUUAAAGUAGAAGUUCGCUGUAGAAGACUGAAUGGCUCUGGAUACUGGAGUGACUGGAGCAGGAGUCACACUUCGAUUGUUUAUAACAGGAAAGCGCCAGAGAUGGGACCAGACUUCUGGCGCAUUAUACAAGAGGAUCCUGUUAGGAGUGUGACAAAUGUCACACUGAUCUUUAAGCCUGUCCUAGCAGGAGAUCCAUAUAGUUGUGUGGAGGGUCUCGUGAUUAAACACCAGGCCUCAGGGGGAGCCGUGUGGUCAAAUGAAACAACCUUGGCUCAGUUUCACUCAUUCCAGUGGAGGAAGGAAGCACACCUAGUCACCGUAAUGUCUCGCAACACCUUGGGCAUCUCUACACGGAAUAGCAACAUGACGCUGUUACAUCAACCCAAACGACAAUGUGUACAUUCAUUCAGCGGAGUUGCAAAUGCCAGCUGUGUGCAUCUCUCCUGGAGCCUGUUAUCUGAUCAACCGGUGCCUCAGUCAUUUGUCAUUGAAUGGUUAGACCUGAACAAAGACCCUGAACAAGACGUGUCUCUAACUGAGAGGCUACAGUGGGUCAGAGUUCAGUCCGCAUCGAGGGAUCUCUCUCUUUGCCGUCGUUUUUAUGGCUCAGAGGAGUUCACAUUGUAUCCAGUGUUUGCGGAUGGUGAGGGGGAGCCGGUUCGAUACACAGCUACUAGGAGCGACCCUGCAGCGUACAUACUGCUACUGAUCAUUGCGUUCCUGUCAGUGGUGCUGUUUGUCACACUUAUGAUGUCACAAAACCAGAUGAGAAAACUCAUGUGGAAGGAUGUUCCAAAUCCCAACAAAUGCUCCUGGGCAAAAGGAAUGGACUUCAGGCAGACUGACACCAUGGAGAACCUGUUCCCUCACUCAGAGGGUCUCACUGCCUGUCCUCUGCUGCUGGUCUCUGAGAGCAUCUGUGAGGUGGAAAUCAUCGAGAAAUGUCAUCCUCUCAUGCUUGAACAUGAAAAAGACAAUGAAGUACUCCUUUAUAACUCUGGAAACAAGGCAAACACCGACUCUGCCUGUCUGGGAGACUCCUCUGAACCUUUAUCACUGGAGGCUUCCACUGCCGCUGCUACCCCAGAAACAUCAGGCCAGUCCUCGGUGACAUACUCGACCAUUCUCCUCUCCGAUCAGCCCGCUCUCCUUCGAAAGCAGCAGGAGAGUCUGAGCAGCUCCAGUGAUGAAGGCAACUUCUCUGCCAACAACUCAGACAUUUCUGGCUCCUUCCCUGGAGGACUCUGGGACCUGGAGAACCACAUUUGCUCUGACAGCACCAAUCCUCGCCAUUCCAGCUCCUAUAACUCCGUGGAAGAGUUCUCGGACACAUCAGAACAAGAUUACGAAGCAUCAGAAAGCACUGGUGUAGCCAAAGACCUCUACUACCUCGAGAUGAACGAGGAGGAGAAGCAGGAAGAAGAAGAGGAUAUUGAGGAAGCACAGGAUAAGAAUGAAAUAGUAAUGAGGGUGGACGCCAGGCCUCUUCUGGAAGGCAAAAAUUCCACAGCCGUCGAUUCCAAUAAUGUAUCUCGCAGCAUUCCGCUUUAUCUGCCUCAGUUUCAAACUGAAUGCAUUAAUCCUCCCUGAAAUAAUGAGAAUAGCACCACCUGGUGGUAAUGUGCGAUAACGUUUUUCUUCACUGGAUGAAAGUCCAUAAAAUGCCUCAGUGACUUGAGCUGCAGGAUUUGGGAAAAAAUGUGGGAAAAAAUUUCCUGAUUAAAAAAAAAAUCACAUUUUUGACUGCUAUUAAAAGGUCUGGUUUCACAGGCAGGGCUUAGAUUAACACAGGAGUAGGCCUUCGUUCAAUUAGGACUUUUAAGUAGCUUUUAUAAAUGUGACUGGUGUGCAUCUUAAGAGAAAACAAUGACACUGACGUAUUUUAAGACGUGUCAGUGCAAGUUGCUUUCAGUUAAAACAGCUCAAACAUGCAUUUUAGUCUAGGACUAGACUUAAGCCUUGUCUGUGAAACCGGGGGAAAAAGAUUUUUUUUUUUUUUUUUUAAAGCUCCAUGCUGCACGAUUUGGGGAAUCUAUUUGCGAUUUUUCUGAUAAAAUUAAAGCUUGAAGUUUUUUGGCUAAAAAUGUGAUUAUACAGUAUGACUAUAAAAUACAAUAUUACUAUAAAAUUAUACUUCUUGUUAACAUUUUUAUUAAGAGUAUUAUAAAUGAAAAAUAUGAAUUAGUACUAUUGUAAUAUUUCACUGUAAAAUAAAGAAUAAAUAUAAUAAUAAUAUUUUACAGUACAACUGUAAAAUUACAUUUCUAAUAUUAUUAAUUUCUUCAUUUUCAAAAUGAAAUCAACUACUGGGAAAACUGCACAGAGCCCUCGAAGCUUCUCUUUUGUUGACAACAGUUGGCUUUUCAUUACAAGUUUGCGAAGAUGGUUGGCAUGCUGCGUUUUUACACAACACAUGUUAUAAGAAAACCAAACACAGAGCAAAUGCAGAGAUUGUAUGGCGCAGCAUUUACUGAAACACAAUGAAACCAUCAAAUCAUGAGCUGCUCGUGUGUAAAAGAACACAGUCUGGCGCUUCACUCUGAAACAUGCAGUGCAUAUAUUUAUUUAAUUAAAUCGCAGCCUUUCAGAUUUGAUAAUCGUACUAAGGCAUAUUGCGAUUUUGUUUUGUUUUUUCCCAUUAAUCGUGCAGCCCUACUUUCCACCCUCAACCUAUAUCCACCAAUAUGCCCUAUUUUCAUCUAUCUUGAGUAAAACAACCAAAACAUUAUCAGUUUUCACCUCCUACCAGCUGAGUGUUUCAGAUGAUUCACCUCUAAUAUACAUUUUACGGUUUACAGCCAGAUUUCCCAAGCUCAGUUGAUAAGGGCAUCCAAGCACAGUUUAUUCUCUGAAUGUCUCUGAUGGGUUGAUGAUCGGCCUGUCAUUGCAGGAACUCGCUGCUUUCCACCUUCGUCACACCAAACAUUUCGUAAGUGUUUGAAGGCUGAAGUAAAAUCAUGUAAAGACCACAUUAACUGGAAUGAAGUGCUUUAAAAGGAAGAGACCGAAGAAGGGACUUAAUUUACUCUCUCAGUGUGGUGGUCACAGCCACGCUUUAGUGGCUGUUUGUGCAUUUCAGGUGCUUCAUUAAGUCCAGCUUAUAUAAGUGAAGAGACUUUUUAAGAGCCGUCCAUCUAAAUAUCAGCUUUGUGAAGAAAUGGCUUCUCAUGUCUGCAUUUACAUUGGGCUUAUUCAUUCAAUAUGAAUGUAUAUUUUGUUAGUGAGGUCUGUGUUCUUUGGAAACUCAAAUAUUUUGAGUCUACAAAAUGUCAUCUAAUUAAAGUGUAUAGUCGUUUUUGAUGAAAUGAGGGAUGAAUGUAACUCAAUAAAACUGGUUAAAUAUAUGUCAAUCAGUAAGAAUGUGUGUACAGUAGCCUAUACACGUAUUUCUUGUCUAUUUUUCUGGUCAGAAUAAACUAUUUAUUGCAGCUA